GGAGGCGGAGGAGCGCGUAGUAGAGCAAAAGCCCCGCAAAAACCCUUGUAGACAGCAGAUAGAAAUGGGGAAGAAGAAGAAGAGAAGAUCAGAUUUCGAAGCAGAAACAGAAAACAACACAGCAGAAAAUGAGACAGAGCUCAUCAACGGCGACUCUCGCUCUAAAAAGAAAAAAAACAAGACCCACAAAGACAAGUAUCAAGCUACGGACAUCCCUACUCUCACCAUAGCUGUGCCCGGUUCCAUCAUCCACAAUGCCCAGUCUCUCGAACUCGCCACCCGAUUGGCGGGUCAGGUUGCUCGUGCUGCGACCAUUUUUCGCAUCGAUGAGGUUGUAGUAUUUGACUGCAAGAGUACUUCAGGGGAUGAUUCUACUGUUGCUACUCCAGAUGCAUCAGAUGAGAAUGAGACUGGUGCUGCUUUUCUUAUAAGGAUUUUGCGGUAUCUUGAGACACCACAGUAUCUAAGAAAGACCCUCUUCCCAAAGCAUAACAGCUUAAAAUUUGUGGGAAUGUUGCCGCCGCUUGAUGCUCCACACCAUUUACGCAAGCAUGAAUGGGGUCCGUAUCGAGAAGGUGUCGCCCUGAAAGAAAGGGCUCCAAGUUCUGUGGGAACGCUAGUUGAUGUGGGUUUAAAUAAGAAUGUUGUAAUUGAUCAAGUACUUGAACCUGGAAUAAGAGUAACUGUAGCUAUGGGAACCAACCGCAAUUUGGAUGCAGAUUUUGUGCACCAAGUUGUUUCAUCCUCCAAGCCUCGGGAAGAAGUGGGAACAUAUUGGGGGUAUAAAGUGCGAUAUGCUUCCAAUAUCAGCUCUGUAUUUAAGGAGUGCCCAUUCAAGGGUGGUUAUGAUCAUUUGAUUGGUACCUCAGAGCAUGGUCUGAUUGUUAAGUCAUCUGAACUUGAUAUCCCUUCUUUCAGGCACCUAUUGAUUGCUUUUGGUGGACUUGCUGGGUUGGAAGAGAGUGUUGAGGAAGACCAUAGCUUAAAGGGGAAGAAUGUGCGUGAAAUAUUUGACUCAUACUUGAACACAUGUCCUAAUCAAGGAAGUCGAACAAUACGAACAGAGGAAGCUAUCUUAAUAUCUCUUCAAUAUUUCCAAGAACCAAUCAACCGAGCAUUGCAGAGAUUUGAAUAUCAAAGUCAGGGAUCAUCAUAAUGUAGCAAAAUUUUGCACUACUGAGGAUGGGAUCAUAAAUUAUUAUACAAAUGGAAGACUUUUUCUUUUUCUUUUUCCUUUCAAAGUUCAUCAGCUGGGAUUGAGCCUUUUGUUGAUCAUGUCCUCUGUUUCAGAAAUCUUUGAUAGGAUUCUACAAGAUUAAAGUUUAAUUCCUGUAUUGAAAUGGAGAGCAAUGUUCAGAAUUGAAAUUACUUUUGUACCAAAUAACUUAUGUUUGAACCCGAGAUGGCAGGCAGAAAGAUGUGUUGCCAUUCAUCCGGGUUCAUUAUGAGCCAUUUGGCAACUUUUGCAAAGCCUUUUUCGAAUGCUAAAAGGAAUUUUGUAUGAUGAAAAUUCAUGUGAGAUUUCAAAUAAAGGAUCUGUUAGUAUUUCUGCA